AUGGCUGUGGGGCCUCAGCAGCAGACAAGAGGCGAGCUGCUGCUGCUGCAGCAGCUGCAGCAACAGCUGCAGCAGCAGCAGCUGCAGCAGAGCAGACACAAGGCGGUUCAGCCGGGGCCCUUGACGCAACAACCAGGUUUAGGGUUUAUGGUGUGGAGGUCCCUUGCGUGCUGCAGCAGCACAGCAGGGGGCCCCCGACCCUCCGCUGUCUUUCCGCUACCAACAGUAGCAACAGCAGCAGCAGCAUUUGCUGCAGCAGCAGCAACAACAACAGCAGCAAGGACAGCACCAACAACAGCAACAGCAUCAGAGGCAGCCACAGCAGCAGAGCCGACGCCGGGAGCAGCACCGCAGCUUGCAGCAGCAGGAGCGGAAUCAUCAGCAGCAACAGCAACAGCAGCAGCAGCAGCAACAGCAGCAGCAGCAACAGCAACAGCAGCAGCAGGGGCUCGAGCCGUGUCGCUGCUUGACCUAGGCAGCACUGUCAUCUGCAGCAGCAACGCUGCUUCUGAUGAGCAGCUACAGGACCCCCAACCAGCAAACAGCAGCAGCAGCAGCAGCAGCAGCAACAGCCCUCAGGGUCCUUCGGAUAGGGAGCUGAAGCUCGCGCAGGCGCUCGAACUGAACAGAUUUGGAGAGGGAGGCAAACCACAAGACUCCCGCAAAGCUGCUGCCCUCUUAAAGGCAAUCAUACAAGCUGCAGCAGAAGUGAAUGAACAGCAGCUGCGGUCUCCGCAGUCUCCUUUGCUGCAGCUGCCGCCCUCAGCGCGUCUCUCCCCCCUUACGCAACAGGAACACAGAGAGCAGCAAAAUGCAGCGAGGCAGCAGGAGGACGUGCUGCAGUACUGGGAAGGCCAAGCAAAGAAUGACGACCCGGUAGCCUGCUAUGAGCUUGCAAAACUGUUGGAGCAGCAGCAGCAACAGCAGCAGCAGCAGCAGCAGCCGCAGCAGCAAGAGCAGCAGCCGAGCGCUGCUGACGAGGCGGGAAAGCGUCGCGUGGCGGAUUUGCUGCAGAGGGCGGCGAAUUGUCGAAUGGGCGCAGCGCUGCGCGAUUUGGCGCUGCAAAAUCUGAGGGGCGGAGGACAGCAAAACUUAGAGCUUGCUUUUAAACUGCUCAAACAGGCUGCUGCUGCUGGAGACGCCGACGCACAAAACUAUUUAGGGUAUUUCUACUGGGUAGGGACGGAAGCUCCACCCAACAGCAGCAGCAGCAGCAGCAGCAGCAGCAGCAGCAGCAGCAGCAGCAGCAGCAAGGGGUUUGUGGUGGAGAAGGACCCGGUGAAGGCCGAGUAUUAUCUUACAAAAGCAGCGCUGCAGGAGCAUGCAGAGGCUUUUUAUUUUUUAGGCGAGCUUAAGCAGCAGCAAGCAGCAGCAACAGCAGAUGCAAUAGAAAGAGACAAAGCCUUCAAGACAGCAGCAGAAUACGGUGUCAGUGCAGACAACAUCCGAAGAGCGCUGCAGCUGUACAACGAGAAGGAUUAUGAGGGGUCUCUGCUGCUGAAUUUAGCAGCAGCAGAAGAAGGCUACGAAAUCGCUCAGUGGAACUCCGCCUUUCUGCUGCAGUCGGGUGCUGCAGUUGUCCCUGGCGCUGCUGCUGGUGCUGCUGCUCCUGCUGCUGCUGCUGCUGCUGCUGACGAUCCUGCUGCUGCGGCUGCGGCUCCUGGACUCCCCACGGCGCUGCAGCAGCCGGUGCAGCCACACGGAGACGAUCCCUUGACUGAAGCACCUCCGUCUCAUCCCAUACCUAAGCAGCAGCAACAGCAGCAGCAACAGCAGCAGCAGCAGCAACAGCAGCAGCCUAUGAGUCUGGUGUACAGACAGCUCAAUCGAGCUGCUCUGCAAGGCAAUGUAGAGGCAUUGAGGGAGAUUGGUUUAAUGCAUGCAGGAAGCAGAGACAGCGACAUUCUUAAAGACGAAUUGCUGACGCUGCAGGUCCUUCAUCGCUCGUUAACUUUGGGAGAUAUUCAGUGA